GAGAGAGAGAAGCAGCAUAGAUAGAGCCUUGUAAGCGACAAGGCUGCAAUGGUGAAAUAAACACGUCCAGUAUAUGCUACAGAGUUUUCGUUGCACAGUCUAGAAAAGAUUGUCUUCUUCAACACCACGUUUUCACUGAGAUUUAAUUCCACAACUAGCCAAGGGCUUAUCCCAAAAAACCUGGAAAUUAUGUUCCGAUCGGCGCUGAUCCAGCCGGCAAGAUGAUUUUACCAAGGAGAGGGUUAGAUUGUGUAGCCAAUUCGGUGGUCUUGGUGAUCAUUCUGGUCACUGCUUCUUUGGGAACCGUCUUCGCCAAGGAUACUGCCUUUGUGGAAGUAGUGUUAUUUGAGUCAAGUCCCAAUGGAGAUUAUACUACUUACACUACAGGUUUGCAAGGACGAUUCUCUAAAGCGGGAGCCACUAUCAGUGCGGAGGGCGAGAUCGUGCAGAUGCACCCAUUGGGACUAUGUAACAACAAUGAUGAGGAGGACCUGUACGAGUAUGGCUGGGUGGGAGUGGUCAAACUGGAGCAACCAGAGCUGGACCCAAGUUGUCUCACAGUUCUGGGAAAGGCAAAGCGAGCUGUUCAGAGGGGAGCGACUGCUGUCAUCUUCGAUGUGUCUGAAAACCCUGAAGCGAUUGAUCAGCUGAACCAAGUGGCUGAGGACCCCCUGAAGAGGCCAGUGGUGUACGUAAAGGGCACAGACGCUAUGCGGCUGAUGAAUAUAGUGAACAAGCAGAAGGUGGCCCGUGCCAGAAUCCAGCACAAGCCGCCGAGGCAGCCCACAGAAUAUUUUGACAUGGGGAUCUUUCUGGCCUUCUUUGUUGUGGUCUCCCUCGUCUGCCUCGUCCUCCUCAUCAAAAUCAAAUUAAAGCAGCGGCGAAGCCAGAGUUCCAUGAACAGGAUGGCCAUUCAGGCACUGGAGAAGAUGGAGACGCGCAAGUUCAAGGCCAAGAGCAAAGGGCAGCGGGAGAGCAGCUGCGGGGCGUCAGACUCCCUGAGCAGCAGCUCCACUUCAGACUGUGCUAUCUGCCUGGAGAAGUACAUCGAUGGAGAGGAGCUCCGGGUGAUCCCCUGUGCUCACAGGUUCCAUAAGAAGUGUGUGGACCCCUGGCUCCUCCAGCACCACACAUGCCCACACUGCAGACACAACAUCAUUGAGCAAAAAAAGGGAAAUCCGGGCCCCGUCUGCAUGGAUCCUGGGAACCCCGUCCACAGCCGGCAGCAGAGGGUGGUCCUCCCUGUCCACUACCCGGGACGGGUGCACCGCGCGGGGCAGGUGACGGCCUACCCCACCCGCACCAGCAUGGACCCCCACGGCAACCCCAUCACAGUGCUGACGGUGGACCAGCAUGCUGACCAGGCCCUCUACCCCCAGCAGUCUUCCGCCUUCAUCCGCAGCUACCCGCCCAUCCACCUGGACCACGCAAUCAACCCGCACCACUGCAGCCUGGAUCACCGGGCGCCCAGCUACCCCCAGCCCCACGCCUUCAAGCGGCCCAAGUUCCACGGCCGCAGCUUCUCGCGGGCCGCCUGCUUCUCCCAGUACGAGACCAUGUACCAGCACUACUAUUUCCAGGGCCUGACCUUCCCCCAGCCAGAGGGCCAGCCGGGGAGCGCGCCCCACAAGGCCCACAGCCGGGCCUUCCAGCAGGGCCUGCUCUACCCGGCUGUGGUCCACAUGGCUCCUGCCUCCACCUCCCGCCUCGGCGAGACGGGGAGCACCUCCGGCUUCAGCUGUUACCACGGCCACCGCUCGGUGUGCAGCGGGUACCUGGCUGACUGUCCUGGCAGUGACAGCAGCAGCAGCAGCUCAGGCCAGUGCCACUGCUCCUCCAGCGACUCCAUGCUGGACUGCACGGAGGUCAGCAACCAGGGUGUGUACGGCAGCUGCUCCACCUUCCGCAGCUCGCUCAGCAGUGAUUACGACCCCUAUGUUUACCGCAGCAAGAGUCCAUGUCGGGGGUCAGGAGUUGAGGCGGGGGCCAGCUGCCCCGUCCCACUGACAGAUGACUCUCUGGCCCCCUCUGGCCAAGACUGUCUUCUUCCCCCCAUGGGAGCCUCCUUCGGCUCGGGGGACCAGCUGUCCAGCUGUAGCCUAGAACCCAACUAUAGCAGCCGUUCUUCACUGGAACCCAGGGAAACUAAUACCACUACCUCAUCCGGGGCCCUAGAGGGCACUGGAGUGGACCUCCGGAUCACAAGCAAGCCACAGGAGGAGGGGGGCGAGCAGCAGGGGGCGGCCUGCAGCUGCUGUUUUGAGGUCCCACCGGCCACCCUGGAAAGUACAGGGCAGGAGCUGGGCGGGGCCGGCUUCCUGGCAGCGGGGCACUGCAUCCGGGGGGCGGAGGCACGGCCCCCGGCCCCUCAGAACUUGUACAGCAUGAAUGCGGACCACUUGUGCCCCACGGAGCAGGGGAACUACGAAGGGCUGCCCUGCUGCUUUUACAAGGAAAUGCAUGUGCACCGGAGCAACGGGGCCCGCUACACCGAGGACUACGCGGUGAACGUCCAGUACACACCGACGGAUGCUGACGCUAACAUGGUACCGGGCUGCUGUGAGCUCGGCCAAAGGAUACCCAUCAUCCCUGAGGACACGGACUGCGAGCUGGGAUUAGGCCUUGGGCCUCAGGCCAGCCUACUGCCAGCAAGGCUUCCCGGAGAUGAGGAGGGUAGGACUGGGGAUAGGGAUGAGUCCAGUGAGCUGUACUUUCCUUCAGGACAAUAUAGAGGUCAAACGUGUCUCCAUGAGGAGGAGGCCAAGGCUCUUUUCCACAACCAAUGCCCCAGUUUCCACGAAGCACAGGGAAACAGUAAAGCUGCAGGGUCAGCACCAUUGCAACCUACGGAGAAAGACUGUGUAGCGCGGCCCAGCUUGUGAGCUUCUCAUGUUCGGUUAUACGGGAAUUGCUGUUCGUUUUUUUUUUUUUUUUUAAUAAUAUAAAGACUCCAGUUUGAGCAAGACUUUUGAGGGUGUUAUUUUUUUUAUAAUAUAUUCUUAUAGAAAUGCAUGCAUGUGUAUACAUGCAUAUGUAU